AUGAAUGACGAACAAACAGCUAUUGAAGUUCCACAAGCAAUGGAGCUUUCAUCAAAUGACAUUGAAAAAUUAGAAGAGGCUAAAUUGAAGGCUAAGUUUCCUGUUACUGCUGGCCAUCCCAUCAGUGGACAUUCAGCUUUUUUGCAAAAAAGAUUAGCAAAAGGACAAAAAUUUUUUGAUUCGGGUGAUUAUCAAAUGGCAAAACAAAAAUCAACUGCAAAACCUAAACCAAUUGGAGUUUUGCCUACUGGUGAUGCUAUUCCAACUCCAGAAACCGUACCUCAACGUAAAACAUCGAUUAUACAGCAGAAGUUUAACACAUCAAGUAGUUCGUAAGAAU